GUUGUGGCCCGCGACAAAGAUCACACAGCUCGCUUACGCUAUGCAUUUGGCGACAUCACUCUUGGUGAAGGCGAAGGAUCACGCUACUUCAGUAUCAAUGAGACGACAGGCGAGAUCACCACUUUGGGCGGACAAAUCAAUUCGCAAAGCCGGCUGGACAGAGAAGAUAAGGAUACGAUUUUCUUUUCGGUGGUCGCAACUGACGACGGCUGGCGUCUGGAUCAAGGGGCCUACAGAGAUGGGACUGAUGCCAUUGGGGCGAGUGGAACGGCAGAGGGUGGAGAAACUGGUGAGC